AUGCCACUCUGUUACUCCAUCGUUCAGGUAAUCCGAAAGAUAGGCUCCGGAGGUUUUGGUGCUGUGUACGAAGUGGAAAAAGAUGGAGUACGCGGAGCGCUCAAAACGGAGUUCGUCGAUCAGACAGGAGAACGAAGCGAAACGCUUAGGAAUGAGCUACGUGUCAUGCAGUGGUCCUCCCAUUUUUGUCGGCUAUAUUUGGCAUGCCGUGUGCGAUGUGGCAAGGAGAUCGUCAACAUCAUGAUUAUGAGUCUGGUGGAAAGACCACUGUCGCGACUCCGUCGCAUGACACCGGAAUCUCGCUUCACUCGUUCAACAGCGGUGAGGUUAUCACGCCAAUGCCUUGAGGCGAUUCAUGAUCUCCACCGUACUGGUAUUCUCCAUCGAGAUAUUAAAGCCAGCAAUUUUGCCUGGUCUGCGGAGCGCAUUGUCUACCUACUCGAUCUCGGGUUCUGCAGGAGAUUUCUGGCGUUUAAUGAGCAAGAGGAAGUGAAGCAUCGCGCUCCUAGGAAGAAAGUAGCCUUCCUCGGCACAAGCAAGUAUUGCUCACCUAACAUGCACAAGAAGCUGGAUCAGGGACGAAGGGACGAUUUGUGGGCGUGGUUGUACAUGACUGUUGAGUUCAUGGCGGGUAAACUUAUCUGGCGCAAUGAUGAAGACAAGGUAAUCGAGAAGAAAAAAGAGAAAAUUGGUUCGAAAUUGCUAUCGAAAUGCCCACAAGAGAUGUACAUGGUGUACGAUCACAUUCGUAGUCUGGAAUUUGACUCGAAACCGAAUUAUCCUAUGCUGAGAAGGCAACUUGAUCGGGUGUGUGCUCGGCUUGAUUACCACGAAGAUCAGCCAUAUGACUGGGAAGAAGGCGGCUACUACUAUGAAUAUUAUACUAAAAAGUCCGACACCGAAAAAGAUUUGACGGAAAAAGAUGUGAAAGUGUAA